AUGGAAGUCUUGGUAUUAGAGAUUGAAGAUCCAGGCUGCUUUUGGGUUACUAUGAAAGGAUGUGGGCCUUAUGUAGUCGAUGAAAUAGAAUAUAAAAACCUGAAUGCUGAAAUGAAUCAGUUCUAUGACAAAUCUUAUAAAGAUGUGGAUGAAGUAAAACCAGUAACAGUAGAAGAAGGCCAGAUUUGUGUGGUUUUCAGUGAGGAACUCAAAUGCUGGUGUAGAGCAAUUAUUAAGUCAAUCAUGUACUGUACAGAUCAUUAUCAAACAGAAUGUUUUCUUGUGGAUUAUGCCAAAUACAUUUUUGUUAAAUCAAAGGACAUUCGAGUUCCACUGGAAGCAUUUAUGCAGAUCCCAUAUAGAGCAAAAAAGUGUAGACUGUACCGUACAAAGCCAGUGACAUUGCAUAUUGACUUUUGUGAAGAUACUGCAAAAAUAGUACCAGCCAAAAGAUGGGAUAGUGCUGCUACUCGGUAUUUUCAAAACCUUCUCAAAGCAACUACCCAAAUGAAAGCCAAGUUAUGUGCUGUAGAAGAUAACACAUUUGAUGUUUUUCUUUAUGUGACAAUAAAAGAUGAAAAGGUAUGCGUUAAUGACGAUCUUGUCUCAAAGAACUUUGCUCGUUUUGAGGAAGCUAAAGAGAAUACGGGGAGUUAUGGAGAUUAUCACGAGAGCCAAAUAUCAUUAAAUGAGUCUCUUCCAGUGAAAAUUGUUAAUCCUGCGCUUGCUUUCAGGCCAGUGCUGUUUCAGGAGGAGAUAGCAACAAAUCUUGAAACAGGUCUUGCUGUUUCCAGUUCCGUUCUUGAAGAGACAUACCAAAAGUCAAGCACAGAUCUAAAUGAAAAUACUGCACCUAGUUUACAAAACAUUAGUGAAGAAAGUAAGUUUGUCUGUCUUAGCAACAAAAUUGAGCCAUCGUCAAUUCUGGAAACAGCACCACUUUUUGAUGGUCUGAAAAAGGAACUUACUCGGAAAAAAUUUUUAGGCCCUAACUUCACAGCAUCUUACUGUUGGCCACCGGUAGCUCGAGGAUGUGAUGUAGUUGCCAUCUCAUAUCAGGGAAAUGAUCCUUUUUUAUAUAUUCCACCAGUUCUUACGUUUUUGCAGUUGGGAAGCUGCUACAAAGCCUUGCCAAACAGGAAUGGACCACUAGCACUUAUUUUAUGUCCCGGGUGGAAGAAGGCACAACUUGUUUUUGAACUACUGAAAACAUAUGAGAGAUGCUCCAGACAGCUGCAUCCAAUGUUGAUAAUACUUGGGCAAAACAAAGAAGCAGCUAGAAGUGUGAAAAUCCGAGGAUGUGAAGUAAUUGUUACGACGCCAUAUAGUCUCCUGAGACUGUUUGAACAUCACAGUUUAUUAUUUUGUAGACUUUGCCAUCUUGUUCUUGAUGAGGUUGAGGUACUGUUUUCUGAUGCUACUGAACAGGUUUUUACUAUAUUAGAUUGUUACAAGAAAGCCAUUGUUCCUGAAGAGUGGGAGUAUUCACCGCAUCAGAUUAUUGCUGUUGGAACUCGUUGGAAUAAACAUGUAGCACACUUGAUAAAGGAGUUCAUGAAUGAUCCUUACAUUGUGAUAACAGCUGUAGAAGAAGCUUCCAUCUAUGGAAAUGUGCAACAGGUUGUGCAACCUUGCACAAACAGUGACAGAACUACUGUGUUACUCAAAACACUGGAUUUUACCCACAAUAAUCUUCAGAAGGUGCUGGUAUUCACUAAUUCAGUAGAUGAAGCAGAAAUGGUUCAUAAGGCACUGAAGAGCAAUUCAAUAUUUUCCUUGAAAAUGCAUAAAGAGAGUGAGUUUAAUUUAAAGUAUAUCUUAGAGCAGUGGACAAAAAAGUGUAGCUCUGGCACUCGUGUUGUGUUAGUUUUAACAGAUGAUUGCCUGCAGUCUCUGGGAAUUACAGAUGCAACUUGCGUGAUACAUUUCAGUUUUCCUUCUCCAAGAAUUUUUGGUCAGCGUCUACACAGCAUGUCUGACAAUUUCUGUAAAGUCAUAAAGGAUUCUUCUGUAGAUCAGGAAUAUACAAAGGCAAGGUCAGUUAUUCUGCUAACAGAAAACUGUGCAUGUCAUGCACUUGGGAUCCUGCGCUAUUUGCAGCAUGCAGAAGCUGAAUUUCCACCAGAACUGUAUGAUUUUAGUGCCAAGAUGCUAGAAGCUGAAGAAGAUAAGAAAUUUUCACGGCCACUGUGUACCCAUCUUAAAACAUUUGGGAUUUGCAAGAAUAGAACAGUGUGUCCAGAUCGUCAUCAAAUUAAUUUACAAACAGAUGUGCCCCAGAAUAUACCAGAUAGAAUUACACAAAUGCCUGGAUGUGUGACAAUACUGCCUCUCUACAUUGUAAAUGCAACAAACUACUUUGGUCGAAUAGUAGAUAAACAAAAGGACCAAUAUACAAUUCUUGCUGAAGAAAUUAAUGAGUAUUUUAAGAAACCUAGUAAUAAAAUUUCUGUUAAAAAUGUGGAGAAGCUAGCGUUUUAUGGAUUAUGUGAGAAAACACUUUUCCACAGGGUUCAGGUGGUCGAGAUUUCCCCAAAAGAGGAGGGUAAUUUCUUUAAUGUCAAAAUUAAAUACAUAGAUGAAGGCAGAACAAGUCAAGUUCAGAGCUAUCAACUGCUUCACUUACCUGCAAAGUUUCAGAGUCUGCCACCUCAGGCUGUGGAAUUCAUAGUUUGUAGAGUGAAACCCAUUGAUAAUGAAAUUGAAUGGAACCCAAAGGUAACUCAUUAUAUUAAUCACAAAAUUAAAGGAAAACUACAUGAAGCAAAAAUAGUACAUACCUUGGGAAAUACAGCUUGGGUUGAUCCAAUGGUCCGGGUUACCAGGCUUCCAGAUUUGAAGAUGUCUGUCAAUGAAUACAACGUGCGAUCUGAGAUUUUGUCUAUGGGUCUGGGAACUGACAAUCCAGAACAUCUAAUACAACUUCAGAAGUUGUGCGGACGCAUGAAGGUAUUGGAUCAUGCAAAGAACUUGGAGCCUUUAAGCGUAGAGGAAGAUACAGCUGGUCCAGAGAAUGUGUCCAUUCCACAGAAUAAGUCAAUACAAGAAAAUGCUACUGAAACCUCUGAUUCUUCUAAAAUUACUUCUAAGAAUCAUGCACGUGAUGGUGUAGCUCAAGCUAAGGAAGCAGAAGACUCUACCCUGCAUCAGCAUAAAUGCUUUUAUCCAGAAAUAAAAUGGUUUCAAAACGAAGAGACUGUUACAGUGAAGGUAAAAAUAGAAAGUGUAGCUGACUGUAAAUGUGAGUUUGCUAAAAAGAAGGUGGUUUUCAGUGCUUGUUCAGGAGACAAACUUUAUUUGGCUGACAUGGAGCUGCAUCAAUAUAUACUUGCAGAGAAGUCUACGUGUGUGAUUAAGGAUAAAGAGGCUAUUAUUGUUCUUGCAAAAGAGAAGAAAGGAGUAUGGUGCAAAUUACUGAAGAACAAGAAUCCUCACGUGUCUUUUGAUUUUGAACAUUGGGAAGAUUUUGAAGAUAAAAGCCCUUUUCCAGUUGGUACUAAAAAACUGCAUUGCACUGCUGCAGUAAGUGAAGAACUGGUUGACUCCUCAGAAGACAGUGGAACAGAAAGCGAUGAGUAA